UCCUGAAGGUACAGAGGAGGGAGGCACACAGGGGGGCAGCUGUCUCCUUUCUACAGGCUGCUCCUGCCUGUCCUUCACCCUAUGGAGAUACAUGAGUAGUCCUCCCUGACACUGUGCACUGAGGGGGUCGUUAUCCCACCACAGGACACGCGAGCACCUCCUUUCCAUAGACAGUUGCUUGGAGUGAGUUGUGAGCCUCGUCUGCUGUGCAUCCUCCUCCUCCUCCCACCUCCUCCUCCUCUUCUUCAUGGAUCAGCCACACACCAUGGAGGGCAGCUGCAGCCCGCAACCUUACCAUCAGGAGGGCAUAGAGUCCUGGCUGGACGAUCACUGGGACUUCACUUAUUCCUACUUUGUUAGGAGAGCAACCAGAGAAAUGGUCAAUGCAUGGUUUGCUGAAAGAGUGCACACAAUACCAGCAACAAAGGAAGGAGGAAAAAGCAAUACAGAAAAUAACCAGCAGGCCUCUUCUUCUGAGAACACCAACCAAGGGGCACCAGUGAGGAAGAUCUCAGCUUCCGAGUUUGAUAGGCCUCUAAGGCCCAUCGUAGUUAAGGACUCUGUGGGAACACUGACAUUUCUUGCAGAUUCCGAAAAGAAGGAACAGAUGCCUCUACAAGCUCCCAGUUUAAACAGCACAAGUGAUCAGUGUUCACGGCUUCUGGAACUGGUGAAAGAUAUUUCAAGCCAUUUGGACGUCACUGCCCUGUGUCAUAAAAUUUUUCUGCAUAUUCACGAACUUAUAUCAGCAGACCGCUACUCCCUUUUUUUAGUCUGCGAGGAUAGUUCCAAUGAGAAGUUUCUGGUUAGUAGGCUUUUUGAUGUAGCAGAGGGCACAACGUUGGAGGAGGCUUCAAAUAACUGCAUCCGUUUAGAAUGGAGUAAAGGAAUUGUGGGCUAUGUGGCAGAGUAUGGACAACCCUUGAACAUAAAGGAUGCUUAUAAGGAUUCCAGAUUCAAUGCGGAAGUUGACCAAAUUACUGGGUACAAAACACAAAGUAUUCUUUGUAUGCCAAUUAAGAACCACAGGGAAGAGGUAAUAGGACAACCCCAAGCAAUCAAUAAGAAAUCUGACAGCAAUGGGACAUUUACUGAGCAAGAUGAGAAGGACUUUGCCGCUUACCUGGCAUUUUGUGGGAUUGUAUUACACAACGCACAAUUGUAUGAAACAUCACUACUUGAGAACAGACGUAAUCAGGUUCUCCUUGAUCUUGCAACAUUGAUUUUUGAAGAGCAACAGUCAUUGGAGGUUAUCUUAAAGAAGAUUGCAGCAACCAUUCUAUCUUUCAUGCAGGCACAGAGAUGUACCAUCUUCAUUGUGGAAGAGGACUCUUCCGAUACUUUUUCCAGUGUUUUUCAUAUGGAAUCUGAUGAGCUAAAAGAAUCUGCAGAUGCCAUAAAAAGAGAUUAUGAUGUAAGCAAAAUUAAUUACAUGUAUGCCCAGUAUGUGGCAAACAGUAUGGAACCACUCAACAUACCGAAUGUGAAUAAGGACAAAAGAUUUUCAUGGACAAAUGAAAAUGAAGAAAAUAACAGCAAGCAGAUUCACAGUCUACUCUGCACUCCAAUUAAGAAUGGAAAGAAGAAUAAAGUGAUAGGAGUUUGCCAACUUGUAAACAAGGUGGAUGAAAGCUCUGGCAAAAUGAAGGCCUUCAACAGAAACGAUGAGCAAUUUCUGGAAGCCUUUGCCAUUUUCUGUGGCUUGGGGAUCCAGAACACCCAGAUGUAUGAAGUUGUGGAGAGAGCCAUGGCCAAACAGAUGGUGACAUUAGAGAUCCUCUCAUAUCAUGCAUCUGCUGCUGAGGAGGAAACCAUGGAGCUGCAGGUAACAGCGGGAUCUGUUGUGCCAUCUGCACAAUCAUUCAAAUUAACAGACUUCUACUUCAGUGACUUUGAGCUUAACGACAUAGAAACCACCUUAGCUACAAGUCGAAUGUUCACAGACCUCAACCUUGUGCAGACCUUCCAAAUGAAAUAUGAAACAUUGUGCAGAUGGAUUCUAAGUGUAAAGAAAAACUACAGGAAGAAUGUAGCUUAUCACAACUGGAGACAUGCCUUCAACACAGCACAAUGCAUGUUUGCUGCCCUUAGGACUGGCAAAAUUCAGAAUAAGCUCAGUGAUCUAGAGAUUUUAUCCUUGAUGAUUGCCACAUUAAGCCAUGAUUUGGAUCACAGAGGGGUUAACAAUUCUUUUAUACAGAGGAGUGAGCAUCCGUUAGCCCAGCUCUACUGCCAUUCCAUUAUGGAGAAUCACCACUUUGAUCAGUGCCUCAUGAUUCUAAACAGCCAGGGUAAUCAGAUUCUGAGCGGUCUCUCUGUUCAGGACUACAAGUCUGUACUGAAGAUGAUAAAGCAGGCUAUCCUAGCUACAGAUUUGGCUCUUUAUAUAAAGAGAAGAGGAGAUUUUUUUGACCUGGUUAAAAAAAAGAAUUUCAGGUGGGACCAUUCAGCACAGAAAGAUUUGUUUUUAGCUAUGCUGAUGACUGCCUGUGAUCUAUCUGCAAUAACAAAGCCCUGGCCAGUUCAACAGCGGAUAGCUGAACUUGUUGCAACAGAAUUUUACGACCAAGGAGAUAAAGAGAGGCAGGAACUUAACACUGAGCCAAUUGAUCUGAUGAACAGAGAGAAGAAAGAUAAAAUACCCAGCAUGCAGGUUGGAUUUAUUGAUGCAAUUUGCUUAGGGCUCUAUGAGGCUUUGGCAGAGGUGUCUGAAUCAUGCUACCCACUACUGGAUGGCUGCUUGAGGAACAGACAGAUGUGGCAAUUAUUAGCAGAGCAGCAAGAGGAGAAUCUCCUUAAUGGAGAUGACAACCAGCCAAAAACGAACUGUGACAUUGAAUAAGCAACACCAACACCAUCGUAGAGUCUUGUGGUACAAAAUAGUAUUACACUGUUUGGAAACCAAAAUAUAUUUUGCCACUGUUAUAUUUAUUAAUUUCACAUUUUCGUUUAAGGAAAUAAGAACAUGUAAAUGGAAUAUUUUCUAGAGAAGCAAUAUAUUUUCUGAUGUGCUCAUUUACCCACUGGAGGCUCUUGGGCUUGAUUCCUUUUUAUAUUGACCAGUGCCUUAAAGCAUGGGUGCCAUUUUAAAUAAAGAAGGACACCUGUCAAAUGUAACACAGCACAGUAAAGAAUAACUAUAGCAUUUUAUUGGAUAACUUGUUCACAUACCAAAUCAACUUGGGCUAAUACUGCAAACAAUGUAACACAAAAUACUAAUGUGAGUUUCUUGCAGAUGUCACUAAGAAGAGAUUAUAAGUCAUUGUCACAAGUCACACAGAAGUCUUAAAUGGUUUUUAAAACUCACUUUUUAAUUUGCUCUUUUUCUUAGAGUAAUUUACAUGGUCGUUUAUGCUAAAUUUAAUAGCAUUAUUGUGCGCCUUUAACUAUAUAUUAAAAACACAAAAAUUCACAACGGAGGUCAGUGACCAAAUAAAGCAAAAGGCUGCUGUAUAAAAGUAGUGAUACACGCCACAGAACAUCUAUUGAGAGUGCCUCACAUCCUUUUUCUUUUUGAAGGGGUUUGUUAUUCAGUGUGAUACAUAGUUUGAAUGGGUUUGCAUUGUGACACAUAAAUCACUAGUGCCUGAAUGGGGUUUGACCAACUGCUCACAAAGAUGUGUAAAACACUCUGGAUAUAACUAAUGAUUAUUAUACAGUAUAAAUGAACGGCGGGCAUAACAGUUCUUUAUUGCACUUAUAAUCUUGUGUUUAUUGCUAUUAUAUUAGAAGGGUUUUCUGAUCUUAUGCAGUGUGAUGUAAUACUUAUGUACUGCCUGUAGUUGAGAUGCUCUGUAAGCCAGUCUCACAUGCAGUCACAUUGACAUGCUCCUGGUGUUUUAUCUCCUGCUUAUGUGAGAUCCCAUACUCUGAACAUGUGGGUAUCUCCACUCUUCCCCUUCUUAUAGUAUGGGAUGUCACACAUCUCCACUCUUCCUUGACUCUUUUCCUCGCUCCUUGUAUCUGAAAGGAUUGUGUUUCACAUGCUGGGCAGCAAAUCAUUCAGUGUAUAGUGAGCAAAAGAACAACACAGGGGUCUCUCACUAGCGAACCUAUGUCUCGUAGCAGUUCUGUCUGGUGUGAAAACAGUGAGUGAGAAAUUAGGGCACUACCUUGCACCUUGUAAUUGAGGGCAUGUGGAUAGAUGUAAAUAGUAGUAAUGUCUGUAAGAGAGGAUAGGAAUCAUGGGAACUCUAGUUUUUACAUGGCAAUCCAUGGUAAUGUUACAGUGUAUAGAAAGUGUAACUAACAGUUUAAACACAAUGUUGCUUUCAAAUUGUGAAGAUGCUGUUAUUUUUGCUAUGAGAUCUCCAUUUCCAUCUUUGUUUUGUUUGUGGUGUAGAACUGAAAGCAUAUGCUGUCAGUUGCAAUAAUAGUGAACUUAAAAUUCAUAUACCACUAGGAGUGUAUGGGGGAGAUUUAUCAAGAUUGGCAUUUCCUACGCUACUCUUGAUCUCCUGUGCGCUGGAGUUAGAUGUUCCUCUUUAUAAAUUAGGCCAAUCUCUGACCAGAUACACAAAUCGGUGCCA